GUGGCGGCUGUGCCUAUAAAAACUAAAGGUGGCAAGAACAAAAACGGACAACGCCAUUUCUCCUUCGUCUUCUGAAUAGAGAGAGAGAGAGACAGAUAGAGAUGGAGAAUCACACGAAAGAGAGGCUGCAAGACCCAACCAUGCAAGUUCCGUCUCUUAAUUGCAUCGAUCUCGCCGACCAUGAUCUUCAUCGUUCUGUUGUUUCCCUCAAACAGGCAUGUUUGGAUAGUGGAUUUUUCUAUGUGAUUAAUCACGGUAUAAACGAGGAGUUCAUGGAGGAUGUUUUCGAGCAGAGCAAGAAGUUUUUCGCUCUUCCUUUGGAGGAGAAGAUGAAAGUUCUGAGAAACGAAAAGCACAGAGGCUAUACACCUGUUCUUGAUGAAAUCUUAGAUCCUGAGAAUCAAGUUAACGGAGAUCAUAAAGAGGGUUAUUACAUUGGAAUUGAAGUUCCAAAAGAUGAUCCUGAUUAUGAUAAACCAUUCUAUGGUCCUAACCCUUGGCCUGAUUCCGAUGUAUUGCCUCAGUGGCGAGAGACCAUGGAGAAAUAUCACCAAGAAGCAUUGAGGGUUUCCAAGGAUAUUGGAAGAUUAUUGGCGUUAGCACUUGAUCUGGAUGCGAAUUACUUUGAUACCCCGGAGAUGCUUGGAAAGCCUAUUGCAACUAUGCGAUUGUUGCAUUAUCAAGGGGUUUCUGACCCUUCGCAAGGAAUAUAUGCUUGUGGAGCACAUUCUGAUUACGGAAUGAUGACUCUGCUAGCCACUGAUGGUGUAAUGGGCCUCCAGAUAUGCAAAGAUAAGAACGCCAAGCCUCAGAAGUGGGAAUAUGUGCCGGCGAUUAAAGGAGCAUAUAUUGUGAAUCUUGGAGAUAUGCUGGAACGUUGGAGCAAUGGCUUUUUCAAAUCCACGCUACAUCGGGUUCUUGGGAACGGUCAGGAACGAUAUUCUAUUCCAUUUUUUGUUGAACCAAAUCAUGAAUGUCUUGUGGAGUGUCUCCCAACCUGCAAGUCAGAAAGCAACGUUCCCAAAUAUCCAGCGAUCAAAUGUUCGGCAUACCUCACCCAACGUUACAAGGAAACACAUGCAGAGUUAAGCAUUUACAAUCAAGAAAUAUGAAUGCUCUUGUCGAUCAACACUACAACGGAAAGUAAACUGAUAGUAUGUCUUUAGAUAAAGCUCAAAACGAAGCCUUAUUACAUGUUGUAACAUAAGUUUUGAGUUUUUCUUACGGGCACAACUGCCCGCAUUACACCCGCUUAUGUCUUGUGUCAACCUUUUUAUCCGUAUCAAAGGAGAAUAAUAAUUUACUGUCUAUGUCUACUUGUAACCGAAUAUCUAUCUAUCUAUCUAUAUGAAUAAAGUAGCAGUGUUCUCA